UCUCCAUCUUCUCCUUGAGGGUUUCUCCUCCCAGUAGAGACAUUUUCAUGCCUUUAGCUUUAAACCUGAGAACAGCUGUUCACUCCUGUUUAAUCUUUUUUCCCCCUCAGGGUUUGCUCCCCCAACAUUGCAGCUUGGUGGUUGUGCAUGAGAGCCUGAAAACAACACUGAUCAAUCCAACUGUGUGGCCCAAGCUGGACACAAAGCAAAUGUAGGAUGAGAAAAUAAGACUUUCAGUUUCAUUAACUUGAGUGUAGUAAGAGGGGGAAAUUAACCCCCCAUUCUCACCUGCCAGUGCCCUGUAAUGCCCUUCCUCUGUUUGAACACUGGAGAGGACUAAGAUGAAAUGUGAAGCACACCUCUGCCUUUCUUUGGCUGCUAUGGAGCCCGCAUUGGUGCCCUGGCGGCCAUCAAUGACACUGCAAAGCAUGACGUGGGGAGUCUGGUUGGGUAGUAGAUACAGCAAGAGGGAGGGGUAGGAGGGCAGCAGGUGCAGACCCGCCAAUGGCAUGGAGUGCUGUUGACUAAAGAGAAGUUCUGGGACUUUGCUCCCUAAUUCCCACCACAGAUUAGUUUGCCUGGGAGGUUGCAGGCAGCUGUUUAUCUCUUUAGAGCCCUGCCAAAAGGCCCUUAGACCUAAGGCAAAGGAAAUGUGAUUACACUUGUUUCUCAAUGUCAGGGUCAAAAUGUGGCUGAUGUUGCUGGGCUGUGGGAGCUCCCAGUUCUGCGCCCAGCGAUGACACAAGGUGUUUCUACACUGCAAUAAAACCCAGGUGGCUGGCCCGUGUCAGCCUGCUCAGGCCCAGGGGGCUAGAAAACGGCUGUGCAGAUGUUUGGGCUCAGGCCCAUGAGGCCCUAAUUCGCAGUUGUUCCAUUUCAGUCCCAAGUGCCAGACUGGAAGGAGACAAAGGUGGCGCUAAACCAUUUUUGUGCUCCCCAGACUCCUGGGCCAGCAGUGGCAUGGGCUGCCUGACUCCCCAUUAGCGCACAGGCCUGAUGUCACUUACCCGGGGCUACAAAGCAAUGACUAACGGGGCCCUGAGAUCCAGGUCAGGAUGAAAUGCAAUGUCCUGCUUUUUAGGCAGCUCCGCAGUGGGUUUGACUUGACGGAAAGCAGACUUGCACCCCUCUUUGCACAGCUUGUGGCUCCUGGAUUAAAAUCUGUGACAUGCCUGGCUCCUUUCAGUACUCACCACCCAUGCGCCUGUGCUGGUUAUAUCAGAUGUAAACCACCCGGGCAGAUACAAGGAUUAUUUCUCUAGGCUGCCCCUUAUGUCCUGCUGCACUUUAACAGGCUGGAUGUGUGAUUGCAAUGUUGUCUUGUCCCACCUGGUGUGCUCAGACCAUCCUUCUGCUCUGUUUGAAACUCUGGGACUUUAAAUUCAGAGAGCUUAUGGGGCUCCACCACAGUCUGUGUGCGCUGCCCCUAGGGUCUGUAUUUGGGUUCUUCCUUGGCUAGUGGGCAUCUUAUAGAUUUGGAGCUGAGAGAGGGGAAGCUCUUCUUAUGUCCUCCCACGGCUGGGGGAAGCUGCAAACUCCCCUUUCCUGGGGGAAAUGUUCCACUCCUUGCAGUAUAUGUACAUCAGGCAGAGCUGGGACCAUGCAGGGCAGGGCUGACCCUGCCUGCUAAUCAAUUUUGGUUCUGAGUUAAUGGGCCACUGCACUUUGAAAUGAUGCAGUGGGAUAGCCACCCAGCAGGUUCUAACAAAGGUUAACGCCAUGCUGCUGUAUAGAAAUGUGACAUGCACUCCCCUCUGCCCCAACCUUCCUUCAUGUGCCUAUGUUUUUAAGUUUUAUAUGACCUUUGUAUACAUACCACUGAGCUUUGAGCCUGCAUCACUGCCUCUUCAUGGGUUGAGUGACAGGAUCAAAGGAGUGGGAAAUGCUUCAAAGCUGAUUUCUGUGAUCGCAAUCAGUGGUACGGUUUAAAAGGCUAAAUGUUUCUCUGGCAGAGCUAGAACUAGUCUCCCUGGUGGGGACUCCGAAUUAACCAUCUGGAAAUCCCAGGCAGUGCAUUUACCUCCAUUCUAAUCUGCCUCAGGUGGUUGUUAUGCGCAAGGCUGAGUAACUUUAACUAUCUCCAAGUGCAAUGAUUGUGGAACUGCUCUGCCUGGUGCCCUAUCGCUGUUACAGAUGAAACUCACCCAUAGAAAUAAGCCGGAGUUGUGUAUUUAACUGGCUUUUAUUGAGGCAUUGCCAGUCAGAAAGGUCUGUCUAUAUGCAGUGUCCUACGGCCAGUUCAUACCAUAGCCUGUGGGAGCCAGUGACAACCAUGGUGUUGACUGCACUAUGCUAAGAGAACUUGACUUUUGUUCUCCUCCUCCCAAAUGUUUCAUUGUUUUGGGGGAGAUAGAAUUUGUGGGAGGAGGAAGGGGUACCAGGAUGACCAAAUGUCUUAUGUACCUUUUAACCAUUCAGCUCUGGUAUAUUGCUCCGUGGCUGAUGGCUUCCUUUGUUCUUCUGUCACUGAUUUUGUCUCCUUCUGGGGCAGUGUGAAUAUAUAGGGUGGGAACCAGCCACCUUGCCUCGGAUCACACUCCUUUCUGCUUAGCGAUGCUGUGUUUGAAGAGAAGCGUGCCUGUAUAUACUUUCUGUAGUAACAGGCCAAGGAGAAGGCAGAUGGUCUAGCUGUGGGGUCUUCCUGCCAGUUUAAUGCUUGUCCUCAGUCUACGCUGACCCGUAGGGGAAAAAAAGAUUCUAGCCUUGGCUUUGAGGAUGCUCCCAAUGAAAGUGCUGCAAUAUGGUCUUCCUGAUGUGCAGUCUCACAGGCUGAGAGACAGUGUGAGUUUUCCCUCAUUCCGUUCACACCUUGAUGGUUUGAAGUGGUCCCACCGAAACAAUAAAACAGCAGGAAAUUCAGAGUCAACUCCGUAGCCUCUUAAGGGAGGAGCUCCCUGUUCCGGGCACCAGGGUUGUGGUGAACAAACAAACCCCAGAGUCUCAACUCUGUAUCUCUCUCUAGAAAGAGUGAAAAGUGUGUAGUUUGAUGCUAGAGGUUUAAAAUGAAAUAUUUAUAUAAUAUAUUUGUCAAACUGAAACUUACUGGUGAAAACCUGUGUUUGUCUUGAUUGGGGCAGGCUGGGGUAAGGAGUGGGAUUUCAGAGCAUUUUGACAGUCACUAAUCCAGGCACUGAUGUGCAUCGAAUGUAAAAACUGACUGCAAACAGUUCUGUUAAAACAAGUCACUUUCUAUGUAGGGACCAAAGCAAUAGAAGCCUUAAUUUAAAAUGCUAUUCAAAGGUGGGUCUCUGCGGAGGGAAUUCCCUGCCUCUGAGCUCAUCUACUCUGAGUGCUGCUUGGUGUAUGCCCCAUCCCAAACACCUCGGACCUCAUCCUAUCCUCAAGACAACUUUACAAUGGAUUUCCCCCCUUUAGAAGGCUGAAGAUGGUGGAGACUUCUGACAUCGUGGCCCUGGACUGUGAGAUGGUGGGCAUGGGACCAUUCGGAACUGAAAAUGGAUUGGCCCGUUGCAGCAUUGUAGAUUACUAUGGCAACAUGGUCUAUGACCAAUUCGUCCAACCAGAAGGUGUUAUAACAGCUUUCAGGACCUCUGUGAGUGGAGUUCGCCCAGUGGAUAUGGAAGGAGCCACACCAUUCAGGGUUGCCCGGGAACAGAUUUUACAGAUCCUGAGACACAAGCUGGUGGUUGGCCACGACUUACGUCAUGACUUUGAAGCACUGAAAGAAAACAUGUGGCGCUACCGAGUCUUUGACACGUGCUAUGACUGGCUGCUGAGAAAGGAAAGCGGGCUGGGAAACUCCAGGCGGGUCUCCCUCAAGGUCCUUUGUGAAAAGCUGCUCAAGAAAAGCAUCCAGACUGGCAGAGAGGGCCACUCCUCUGUGGAAGAUGCCAGGUCGGCCAUGGAGCUCUUCAAGUUUGCCAGGUCAAAAGGGCACGGAUCCAUUUAAGGGACUUCUUGCUUCUCUCUGUCUCAUCGGUUCACCUGUGCAGCUGCGCUGAAAGUUAUGGGACGGGCUCCUAGUAACGUGUCCAGUGAUGAUCUUGUUAUGGGCCGAGCGAAUGUCCCACGUGGGUAGGGUGACCAUAUUUCCCAAGGGAAAAACAGGACACCAUGCGGGGCUGGCCCGAGCGCCUCCCUCCCUUAUGGGGCUGGCCCUAGGUGAUCGCCUGAGCCCCUAUCCCCCCCAUUCAAGGCUGGGGUUGCUGCUCAUUAGAGUUCUGCCUGCCACGCGAGGCUGUCACUUCUCACUUGAGCCCUGCCUGCUCCCCUCCCGAACUGAUCAAGUUGUCAAGAGCAAAUGGGAGAAAUGCCCACUUUAACCAAAAAGUCAGGACAGCUUAAAAAAGAUUGUCCUGGCCAGUACAGAACAUACGGUCACCCUACACAUGGGGUCACUUUAAAAUAAGCUGGGUGGCACUAAUAAAAAGGAUCUGCAUUUCAUUUACUAAAUGAUGUUUAAAAAUUAGAAACCAUUGAACAAUUGGCAGCACUGCAGCCAGGCCUGUAGCAGAGGCCAUGAAAGCCUGGCUUGGGUCAGCUGUUUCAACAGCUGGGAAUAGGGGCAACAGUGGGAGGGCUUCCCUUUUGCAGGGAUAUGACCAUUUUUCUGCAAUAUAAAACUAUAAUAAUGCUCAAGAAUUGGAGGAGUUUUGAUCACCCCCCGGUGACAUGUUGUGGCCUCUCAUCUUGGAUAUAAGUGUAGAAAUACAAGCCCAGUAUGGAUAAUAAACCCAUCACAUUAGUCUUGAGGCAACCAUCUCGUGGGUCCCCAGAGCUUCUGAUAUGGCUACAUGCAUAACUUAGGCUCCAUGUGGAAUAAAAGCUAGAGAUCCUUAGUGGCUGGUAUAGGGACUAGUAUGUAGUGCUAAAGAGUCUUGCGAGUGUUUUGAAAGAAGUAGAAACAUGUCUCAUGAGAACCGGGCAGCUGUGGACUGAGGCUGGGAGUCAGGUGACUGAGUUCUUGUCCCCAGCUCUGCCACCGAAACACUGUUCCACGUUGGCCCAAAUAAUACCUGCGUCAGCGUCUCCAUCUGUAAAAGGGGAGGUAGGGAGUGAUCGUGCUGCUUGCCCAGCUUCGUGAAGUGUUUUCGGGUCUCUGGACACACAGUGCUAUAGAAGUCU